UUGUUAAACGUAAACGUAAUUGUUAAACAUAAGUGAGUUUUGUUUACGAUCGUACCUUUUUGCAAAAUGUAUUUUUAAUUCAAGUUUUAAAGUCAAUUUGCCUUGAUGUCGUACGCCCAUUCGCCUCAACUUCGGCAAUUUAACGCAUACGGCAAGAUUUGGUAAAAUACUAAUUUUUUAUAUUGCUCAUCAGUUUUUAAGUAUUAUUAGAGACCUCAUAUCUAGUAAAUAACAUCGGUGUUGCCUUUUUUCGAUAAAUCUCAGUUUUACCUGUAAAAAUAAAACAAAUUAAAUAUUGAUCUUUUUUUUACCACACCGAACUCCUUUACAAUUGAUUACUAAAGCGUUAUGCAGACAGCGAGAGAGUUAAAGCGAGAGCGAGAGCAAAAAAGAGAGAAAGAGAGGGAGAGAAGAGAAGAUUCAUUUAUAUUGAUAUCGCUCAAGAGGAAGAGCAGCGAGGAAGGGAUUAGCUCUGGACCUGACGUCCAAUCAUAGAGAGGAGACCUAGUCUGGUUAAAAACAGAUCAAGCUUGCCAAAGCUCGAUUCUCGGACACACGCGUCUUUGUCAUCGGGCGGACCGUCCUCUCCGUACGACACGCGAUACCAAACGUCCAGAAGCUACGUCGGUGGAUCUCUUUCGUUUUUCCUCUUUCUUUUUCAAGUGUGUACACGCGCGCGCAUUCGAUUGUGAAAAUAGAAGAAGAAGGAAGUAGACAAGAUCUCGAGAGACAAGUCGAAACGCGCGACUUUGGUUUCAACUUAAAUUUCAUCCGCUUCCAAUGUCUUUUUCUAUGCCACACUAGUCGGUUAUUUUUACUCAUCCAACCAGCCAACUAUUACGUUCCCAACGAAUAGUGUUGUCCGCGUAAUCGGCCGAGUCGUGUGCGUUUGAUCGGCAAACGACGGUAAAGCCUCAACAUCAAAAUCUCUCGGCCCUUGUACGUCAUCCUUGAUGACAUCCGAGUAAACGAAGAGCAAUUGCGCGAUUUAGGUUAAGAUACCAAAGAUUUUUCGGAUGUGCCAAGUUCUCUUUCUCUCUCGAUACCAGUCUUGAGGGAGUCAGUGGUAGUCCAUAGCUAUUAAUUGGACUUUGAGUAGCUUUUAAGGGGCUUUCGUCGCAUCGUGGAUACAAUCGGAAUGCACGUUGAACUCUUUCCCGCGAAAGAGCGCGAUAUAGUUGCUUGUACGUCCGCGCGUUUGUAAUAGAGACGAAAUGUUGAACUUCGUCGGUUCGACGGCGAAUCGACGAUAACUGCAAUGGAAUGCGUACAUAGACUCGCAAACGCAAACCUUGCCUUUCGUAUCUUUCGGUACAUCGCGUAACCUCACGUGUGACGGUCGAAUAUGGCGGAGUCAGAAAAGAAAUACUCGUACGCGUACGGACAACUUCGUAGAUUGACCAGCACAAUAGACGGUCAAAUAAGACAGAUAAGUUCUGAAUAUGGGCUCACGGAAGAUCAAGUAGCAGAAUUCAAGGAAGCAUUCAUGCUCUUCGACAAAGACGAAGACGGUACAAUUACGAUGGCGGAAUUAGGGGUCGUCAUGCGAUCUCUCGGUCAAAGACCAUCGGAGACGGAGUUGCGCGAUAUGGUGAACGAAGUAGAUCAGGACGGAAAUGGUACCAUCGAAUUUAACGAAUUCCUACAGAUGAUGUCGAAGAAGAUGAAAGGUGCCGACGGGGAGGAUGAACUUCGCGAGGCAUUCCGGGUGUUCGAUAAGAACAACGACGGCUUAAUUUCCUCGAAGGAGCUACGACACGUGAUGACGAAUCUCGGGGAGAAAUUGUCGGAGGAGGAGGUUGACGAUAUGAUCAAGGAGGCGGAUCUCGAUGGCGACGGAAUGGUAAAUUACGAAGAAUUUGUGACGAUUCUAACGUCGAAGAAUUAGUUUGGAGGCCGAGAGGACAGAUACAGGCUCAGAAGGGCAGUUUAAGUGAUGCUACUAUACACUGUGGCUCUCUAUAUAUAGAUGGAUGAAAAAAUGAGGAGAAAGGGAGGAGGAGAGGGUGUCGCCAGCCGAGUUUUCCGACUUUUCCAAGAUCGCAGCGAGACAUCGUCUCACGAAGCUUCAUGAAAAGCUGCGGCAUCGAGGUCGUCGAGAGGAGGAUAAAAAGCUCAUUCGGCGACUCAGACGUGACGUAAUGCCGCGUAUAAAGUCGAGCGCAUCGAUUCGCGGCGAUACGAACGGUGCCAUGUGAGAUCGCGGAAGCGAAUCGCGUGCGAUGCGUAUCGACGCACGUUCGUUGAAAAUAGCACGAACGCAAAUUACGUAGUAGUCGAGCAAGUGGAACGGUGAGUGCGAGUCACCUUGGUCAUGGCUCGUCCAACGCUAGAUGUGCAAUCUACUGAAAAAAAAGACGGAAAAAAGGAGAGACAUACUCUUGUGAUUGCACAUACGUAUGCGCGUUAUUCGUAUAAAAACAUACACCCACCAAUGCGUGCGCGCGCGCACGCGUCACACACACACAAACACACACACACACACACACACACACACACAGCCAUAGACAUAUACGCUCUUUCGGACUAAUCUUAGGUGAGAACUCGAACUUUAGAUGUAAUGAUAACGUAAUACAGUAACUAAAGAGAUUAUGUCAAAACGACGGAGGUGGGAGGAGAGGAGGCGAGAUCCGCCGCCGCCACCCGGAACAAUCAACCGAGCUUCGUUUAGACUCUUACGUACUCCUAAUCUUUAUCUUCUCCGCUAACUUUGCGGAGCGACUUAGCAGUUAAUUAGCUUUCCACGCCCCCUCAAACGUUCCGCGAGAAAGUAUGGAAUAUACUACUAUACAUACAUUUACACAUUAUAUAUAUAUAUAUAUAUAUAUAUAUAUAUAUAUAUAUAUAUAUAUAUAUAUAUAUAUAUAUUUUGCGUCGCGCGUUAUUCUCUGUACGCGAUGCGACGCUGUAAACGAUACCAUACUUGGAGUGUUUUUACCGCUUAUACCAAAUACACGCGCGCGCGUAUUAACCAUAAGAGAUAUAUAGUCACAUAUGCAUACACACGUCUCAAUACUCUUAUCGCUCUCAUCAUCAUUGUUUCUUUGAGCCUUAGUGACUUUAGAGGGGACACGACGGACGAUGUUGUAACGUAAAACCGCGCGAAAAACGAUUAUCGUAAUAUUGCGUUGCGCGAUCGAUCGUUAUAUCGAGUAUCUGAUGAAUACAUCUGAAGAAGAAUGCGCAAGCUCAAGAAAUAUAACCGAUAGUCAAAAUUAGCCCAAUUUUCGCGAUAUUUCGCGUAAAAUCUGCCGUGUACAUGAUCGAGAUUGAGAGAGAACGAGAGAGUGAGAAAGAGGGAUGGGGAGACACACAGGAUGGGAGAGACAGAGAGAGAGAGAGAGAGAGAGGCAAGAGAUUAUUAUUUAUACGUUAUAUCUGGAUGAAUGUCUAAAAAUAUUCUUAGUUACCAAAAAGUUAGCUAAUAAACAAUGUAACGAUCAUUAGAUUUGUCGAUGUAAGUUCGAAUGUCAUCUUUGACAAGCAAAAGAAUUAUUGUCGCGACGAUCAUCUAGUUAUAUUCUCUACCGAUCUUAAUUACCAUUUGGCGAGUAGUCAGUUGACGAAAAAAAUAAAAUUGAAUAAGAAACUCCA